AUGGAAGCUCUGAUGAGACAAGUUUUGAUUAUUUGUUUAUUUCAAGGAGUACAGACAAACUUAAUUUUUGACCAGGGCACCUGGAAAGUGAUUGACUCUAUGACUGGCGUUUACACCGAAUCGUCGGUUCUGUCCAGCCAUCAGGACGUCACGUGUAUUGAGUGCGCCGCCAGGACCCUGAUGCUGGACGGAGAGGGUUACUCCUGUAACCGUGGCGACCAGAUGUGUAUGAUCUACAGUACCUGUCACAUAAAGGACCGCCUGGCCUCCGGGGACUGGGAGCCAAUCGGGGGAUGGCUACAUUUCUGUACAAAAAUUAAAUUAACUCCAGGAUUGACUGGGACCUGGCUUGACCUCGGAAUAGAACUCAGCAGGAGAACAUCGAUACGCUUCCAGGUCAAGGCCACUAAUGAUGUGUAUAUUGGACUGGGUUCUGGAUACAACACGGACAGUCCCGGCUACUGGGUUAUACUAGGAGGGUGGUAUGGGACAAAAUCGUGUCUGAGGGAUGGAUUUGUCCGCGAGAGUCAAUGUUAUUCAGGGUACAGUGGACCGAUUACAAGUGGCGAACAGUAUAGAUCGUUCUGGGUCACCUGGAAUGAAGGUCAUGUAAGAGUGGGGACAGGGGAAACACCAGGUAACGGAACAAUCAUGGACCACGUGUUUCCUAACGUAUAUACCGUGCGACAUGCUCUGAUAAAUACACCAUGGUGUAGAGGGGAGUGGGUCAUUUACCUGUAAUGUACCUGCAGCCUCGUUAAGAAUGCUCACCGGUAAUAGUUAGUCUUUCACGUUUGUAUACAGACUUUGAGGUAUCAUUGUCG